AUGAGCGAAACUGAAUUAGUGGAAGAGUUUAAAUGCCAAGGAGUUAUUGCUGCCAAACGAUUCACUGGGCUCGUAGAUGGAAAGAAACAAAACCUCCCUACGGUGGUCCUAACUAUCGAGGGCACCACCAUCCCGGAAGUCAUCAAGGUUGGUCCACUGAGAAUUAAAACUCGAGUGUACAAAUAUGGACAUACUAAAAAUCGUUGCAAAGCUGCCGCUCGAUGCCGAAACUGUUCGAAAGUGCAUGACUUUGAUGAGGAAUGCAAGAAUAAGCCCUACUGCCUUAAUUGCAAAGGAGAACAUGGACCUUCCAGCAGGAAAUGCCCAGUCUACCUAGCCGAAAAAGAAAUCACCAGAAUCAGAGUGACGAAAAGAAUCGACUACAAAGAAGCCGUCAAGCAAUUCAACGCAGGGGCAGGAUCUUACGCCGAAGUGAGCAAAGUUCAACAGCGACUGAAAAUCAACGAUAACAAUGCAGUAGCAGACCUGAUCAAACAGAAGGACGACAUGAUCCAGAAGCUGAUGGAUACCGUGGCCAACCUAACCAGUAGAAUUAAGGAACUCGAGCAGACUAAAAAAGACAAGAAGCAGAAGAAACAACAGAAGAAGAAGAUUGUGAUUGAGGGAACCGACCAGGACAUCGAAGACGAGAUGGACACUGACUCUAGUCUGCAAACAGCUGAGACAGUAAAGGUAAGUGACACUUCUUCCAAAGUGAAUUUACUUCCGGUAUCAAACUCUAAAACUGCCCACAAAAGACACCCUACCACUGAAAUCAUUCCCCCUUUAGUUAAAAAAUCAUCGGAACAAAUGACCGUUGAAGUUGACAGUUCUUCCAAUCCCGAUUAUCUCUUCUCCACUGACUAA